AUGGAGCCCCAAAGGCUGCUUCUGCUGGGGGCGGCUGCCCUGGCUGCAUCUACUCUGGAGACAGCCGACCUGGUGGACCUCUGCGGGCAGACGUGGCAGAGGGCCGGCCUGCGGCUGCACUCGCACUCCGCCUCGCGCAGGUUCUACUUCGUGGCCCCAGACACCGACUGCGGGCUCUGGAUGCGGGCGGCGGCCGCCGGCGACAGGAUCCGCUUCCAGUUCCGCUUCUUCCUGGUGUACAGUUUGGCCGCGGCGGCCCGGGCGCCCCCAGUGUCCCCGGCGCCCAACGCCUCCUCCCCCGCGCCGGCCGACGGGUGCGCCCCCGGGUCCUACCUGCAGUUCUACGAGGGCCCGCCGGGGGCGCCGAGGCCCCUCGGCGCCCCUCUCUGCGGCCUGACCAUCCCCGCCCCGGUGGCGUCCUCCCGACCCUUCCUGCCCCGCGUGGACUUCGUGGGCGAAGAAGCCACCUCUUUCCGGCUGGGAGCCUGCGGUGCCUACUUCUGCUGUCAGAACGGCAGGUGCAUACCCCCGAGCCUGGUGUGCGAUCGCUGGGGCGUGGACAACUGUGGUGAUGGUAGUGACCAGGCUUCCUGGCCACCAGCCGACUGCAGAGGUCCCUCUCUGGUGCCCAGCCAGGCAGGGAGUAUGGAUGGCCCCACGUCCAAGCCCCCGAUGCUCUCCCCGGCUCUCAGGUCUGCAGGAACUCUCCAGAUGGCCGCCCAGAGGACCCCCCUCGCAGGCCGGGCCCCUGAACAGCAGGGCCCCCAGCUCCGAGGCGUGGCGCUGGUCUCCUCGCUGGUCCUGGCCUCUGCUGGCCUCCUCUGGUGCUACCGCUCGUCCCGCUGGCUGGCCUGGCGGGCUGCUCACCUGCCUGGCUUUGCCACCCCGUCCAGCCCCCUCUCGGGUUCCACCGAGUCAAGCCCCAGUUAG